CCAGGAACUUGGACUCGGUAAGUGGUGUGUUGGCAUUCGGAAGAAAUUUGGAUCAAAGUACAAUAAAACUGUCGUCCUGCGUGUCCACAAACAGCAGCCAGGCGUUUAGUAAUGCAGAAACAACUCUACUAAGCGACAUAUUCUCUCGGUAAACAAGAGCAGUGCUGAGGAAGGAGAAUGGCGAAGAAGGAUGCCUGCGUGACCAGAUUACCAGUUGAUCAGUACCGAAAACAGAUUGGUAAGCAGGACUACAAGAAGACAAAGUCAGUUUUAAAGGCAACACGGCUGAAAGCUGAAGCAAAGAAGAGCUCUUCUGUAUUCAAGAUUUAUGAAUUGAUUGAUCGAGAAUAAUCAUCACAACAGCCCUGGAUGGAUGUUAAAUGGACGAGGAAGGAUGCAAGAUGGAUUAUGAUAUCAAGGUGUUUAAAGAGAUAGUUUGGAGUGAGUUUGCAUGAAGUUACUUAUCCAUAGUCGGUGUAUCACCUACAGAAGAUAGCAGUUGGCCUCCAGUUUAGAGAAGCAGGCAGGAGUUACUGCACUGAAGCUAAGCCGUCAGACUUUGGUGAAUCUGAACUAACUUUUUUAAAAGUCACCUUUUACAGCCAUUAAGCCACCUAAUAAUAAAAGAAAUUACAAAAGAUUAUCAUCUACUUUAAUUUAAGC